AUGGCACCCGCUGCGGAAGGCCUUGCCUCCUCGGCACUCUGCCUUGCAGGGCCGGCCAACCGAAUACCGCCGCAGGUGGCUUUGGACCAAUUUGCACAGGCCGCCGAACUUCUGGAGGCGGAUGCUUUCGCACUGCUGGCCCGAAAGGCUGAAGGGCUCCGAGAAGAGGUCAGCCUUGAUGCAAAGUGGCUGAAGGGCAUCUCUUACGAGGUGGAAGGCCGCGGCCGGGCUGGGCUGCUGGCGGAUCUUAGGUACUACUCGGGUGGCAAUGGCUCUCACAUCUUGGAGGCUUAUCGACAAAUCCCUGGGAGCUUCUUGGGCCCCCUUGCAGUCGUGGAAGGUCGAAAUGCCUUGCAUAUUCGAACACUUUUUCACUGCUGGGAGCUCCUUACUUCUGCUGAAGAAGAGCGUGGCCAGCGUUACAAGUACUGGAUUUUUGCGCGCCUAGAUUGGUUGUGGCUUGCACCGCCACCUGCGUUAUCCGUCUUUGAAGAUGCUGACGCGGCUGCUGUGUGGAUUCCAGAUGGCCAAGACUGGGAUGGCAUUAACGACCGCUUUGCCAUCGUACCACGGAAGUAUGCAAAGUCGUACUUUGGCAGGUGGCCGUGGCUCGUAAAUGGCAGCCUCCUUCCGAUGAUGCAUCGAGCAGCUGCGCGAGCUGACUCCACGGUCGCCGACCUUUAUCGUGGCCCAGAGUGGUCCCUGCUUGCUGCGCUGCACUGGUAUCGCGUGCCGAUACGCCGCUUUGGGUCCACAGGUGCAGUCCUUUGCCUGGGCGGCCGUCGAGCAAAGUAUGGCCGCUGCACGAAGCCGACGAGACCAGGUGGGCUUUCCUACAAGUACAGUGCCGAAGCCAGCGAGGCCGCUGCAAAUGUUCGACGACUGCUGCAGGAUGGAUGGAUGUGGCGCUAUUUUGCCCAACCGAGCCUAGAUCCCUCUUGCUUCGAGGAGGACACGCAAGCCAGAUGGUGCUGCAGCACACGGCAUGGAGUGGCAGGCGAUGCAAAGUGCUGGACCGAUGUUUAUGACUACGCUCGCUGUUGCUCGGACAGGCCUGCUGGACUAUGGGUGCUGCCGAGUCCGGAGGUGGCCCAGGUCGAUGUCGCAAGUGGGCCCGGCGGGGACAUUUACAUCCUCGACAAGGCGUGCGCCCGGGUUACCUUGGCAGCGGUGGCUGGUGGAAGCUCGGGUGGCGGCACGGUGGUUGCCGGAGGUUCCUCUGGCUCUUUCCUUUCGAACCUCUACUUUCCCGAGGCGCUGGCAUUCGAUGAUUCAUCUGGUCAAGUCUAUGUGGCAGAUACCCAGAAUCACCGGGUGGUGCGUUGGACGCCUGCCGGUGCUACAGGGACGGCUGUGGCGGGCGACCCGGAGACCAACUUUGAUCUGAAUGUACACGCAAUACACGCAGGUGGACGGUGGCCCGAGCACAGCGGCAGGUACUCACAGUCGUUCUUGAUGCAUCUUGAUGCCAUCACACAAUCAGAGCAGAGGUGUUUCGCAAAGUGCGCAGCAUGCACUUUGUUGGUGCCCCACAAUUCCCGCCCCUCCCUCCAGUUGAACCACGGUGACACAGAUCAUGCUUGCAAAGACCAGGCAUAUCUUCGCGACCUCGUGAACGGUGCAUGGUGGGGCAAUCUGGGUGAUGCGGGUAUACAGCAGGAUGAUUUUCCACUGGAGGAGGAUCCUUUGAAGCAGUGCCUCUUCCAUGAAGGUAGGGUUACUCUCCGAUUCUGCACGCCGGCAGCCGCAGCUCUAGCUCUUAACCUGAGAGGCAUUGUCUACAACGGCGUUGAGCUGCAGUUCCGGCAAGCAGCGGGUGUGCAGGUGAAGCCACCGAAGAAAGCUGAAGAGAUACAAGUGGAGGAUCUCCGGAGUAUCCUCGGCUUCCUCCCCACAGAAGCUUUUGCGAUGCCUCAAAGCUUCGUGGAAACCAUCUGGACAGGCAAUGUCUUUACAGAGGUUCUGGAUUCAUGGGUGAAGCUGGCCCCUCAGAGCCACUACGACCUACUGUCGGUGGACCGCUGUGCAUCCAGAGAUGAAAUCUUGGCGGGCUUCCGGCGCCAGUGCCGUGCCGGCUCACAAAGUGACGCAGGCAAGCUGACAGCAGCAUGUCGGACACUGACGACCCCACAAAAGAAAUUUCCUUAUGACCACCAGCCUGAGCAGUUUGUGUGGGAUGCUGUUCGGGCAGCGAAGCAUGGUAUUUUCCAGCCAGCAGUGUUCGUCCUCAGGCAUUUGGACCAGCUUCGGAAAGGUCAUGUCCGACGCAUUGAGGUGCCUCCGCGGCAUAGCCCGACCUUGCGAAUGCACAAAAAGGUCAUUGUGGCCAGAAGUCGGGGAGCCGACCUGUGCGUCGUGUCGGCACUGGAAAGAAGGUUCGUACCCUCUGAAGUGUGGGUUGUGGGCGACAGCGUGCAAAGGCGAGAUGUGGAACAUCUUGUGCGGCGAGCAGGAGAGGAGGCAGACGGGGUACAUGCGACCUCAAUCUUCCCACAGCCCGCAACGCCCUUGUUCCACCCAAAUGCGGUGCCGACGAUGCCGCAACCGACGCCAACAGUCCCGCCAAAAAAGCCGCCAGGGCCUCCGCCAGCCCCGCAGCGAGUGCCCGUCAACCUCAAGCCAGCGCCACAUGUUGUACAGGCGCCAGAAGAGGGCUUGAAGCGCAAGGCUGCAUCGGUGCCAGCCCCUCCCGCUCCACCGCCGAAACAGAAGCCAGCUCCAUCGGUAGCCCCGGUGCCGAAGCCGGCGGCACCGGACAACGAGGCAGAAAAAGCCUACCAGAACGCUUUGAGACUUGCGGAGAUGGCGAAGGUCCCAGAAUCUCUGCGAAGUCGAGAAAAUCUCCAGCCGCCGAAGAACUGUGGACACUUCUCUCUCCUGGUGCGCGUGAGUGGCGAAGAUUAUGAGGAGGGCCAGCCAGGUAUUACAUCUAUGCUGGCUGGUUUGUACUGCAUCGCCAAACAUGAACCUGGUGGUGGCGGAUUGCCUGUUUUCGUCAAGACACUGCCGAAGAGAACCCAGGAGCAGCGGGCGGUAAAGAUCUACCACCAGGACCGCCAAUGGUGGAUGGGCGAGACGGUUGGCGCAAACGAAAUCUGGGCACAUGCAGGUCCUGGCCCGGAUGGCUGGCCGCCGAAGCGAGGCUGGAUCUGGGAGGAGCAGGAGCUUCCUCGACUGCAGAUCGAGGCCAUUCGCCUGAGCGAGGAUGGCAAGGAGGUCGAGGCUCCUCGUAAAGUUCCUGGGGAUGCCCCAAGGAAGGAGCAGCGCAGCGCGCAGCGCAGCGGGCAGCGCAGCGACCAGCCCUCUGAGCAGCCAGCCAACGCGGCGAGUCGCUCUGGUGGCACGCCCAAGGUUGGUCAGCAGAAUGCCAACAACAUCCACAAGCGCUUGUUGACCGAGACCGAGACGAUAGAUGACAGCGACAGCCCGAGGAAUAAGAAACCAGCCACAUCGAGCAAGCGGAUGUUCAAAGAGUGGCUCGACGGUUUCGACAACCAGCGGGGCGGCUACACGGAGCGCCACCUGGAUAAGCUGGAGGAGCACUUCGACUCCUUCGAUACUCUGAAGGUGAAGAACGUCGAGUCUGAGUUCUGGCAAAUUAUGGGCAUCACCCGUAUGGGUGAGAAGCUCACAUGGACUCGGCAGCUACGAAGCGGUGAACGUCAGAAGUAUCCCAACCACCGCCAGCAGGAGGCUCUGGGUGCCCUCGACAGUGGCCAGGGCGCCUGGCGGCGGAGUGUGGCACCGAGGUUCGCACGUCGGUGCUUAGCCGCCUUCCGCAGGGUUUUGCUCCGUCACAACUACUCGGAGGCAGUCGCCAAGUCGCUUGCUGGGAGCCCUGCAGCACAGGGGGCCUGGCCUCGGCUUGGAAGCGAAAGCUUGCAGGAGGCCGUCCGACAUGGCCUUGGUCUGCGCUCUGCAGCUCUGCUGGGCACCUUCCUGCUGAACACCACAGUCGCGGCAAUCGAGCUCGAGGAGGUUCUCGGUAAGGCGCUGACGGCCGACUUGCAGACACUGGGCGUGCUGUGGAGGCCAGCGCCGGAGAGCGCAUGGCAGUCGACCAUCCAACUUGCACCAGUGGACGUGGGAAGGCCAGGCUCCAUGUUCUUCUUUGUGGACUGGGAUGAGCUGCGGCCAUGGCAUCAGGUGAUGACAGUCACCAUCGACAGCUAUGCACUGCUUCGCACCCAGGCGCUGCUACCAGAAGAAGCCUCUCCUAAACGUGUGCUGGAUCUCUGUGCGGGGAGCGGCGUCCAGGGACUCUAUGCCGCAAAGCGCUUCGACGCCACUGUGACAUUAGUGGACCUCAAUCCGCGUGCUGUGCGAUUUGCGAAGGCGAACAUCCUCCUGAACCAAGUGUCCAAAGUGACUCUUCACCAUGGCAAUCUUUACGAGGCAUGCCCAAGGCGGUGCCGCGACGAAAUUGCCAGGUCUUCAGAUCUGGAUUGUGGCUGGGGCCCGUUUGACUUGGUCUUGGCAAACCCACCAUAUGUUCCCUCCAUGGGUGGUGGGCAAAUGUUUGUCUCCGGAGGUGAUCGAGGGGAAGCGGUGACUGCACAAAUUCUGCGUGGGGCCCCCCAGGCUUUGGCGCCAGGAGGAAGACUCCUCCUCGUUGCUAACCUGGCAAAUGUGGAUGGCGACUACAUAUCCAAGCUGCGCAGUUGGUGGAAUACGCGCGAGGGUUUGGCCGCAGUGCUGGGCGUGGCGCUCGCCGUGGCAGUGCCCAAGGGGCUCCUGAACGGCAUCACCUCGAUCAUGGCCACGGCAUUGUUGCUCAGUGCUUCCUACGUUGACGUGCUGGACCAGGGUGCUCCACUUCAGUGGGAAUCCAAGUGGAAGCCAGAGGUCGUGCGCAGACCGAAGGACGAGCUUGGAGCCAAGGCUGCGCUUGUUGAGGCGAGCAGACCAUGGGUUGGCGAGACACUCUCGGUGGUGCUGCCUUGCGCGUAUGAAGGAGCUUAUGCUUCCAGGACUGUGGAAUCCAUCUGGGCCCACACAGCGAAAGCCCGGCUGCGGGAGAUCAUCGUAGUGGACGAUGGGAGUGUCCCCAAGCUGGAGCUGACUCUGCCAUCGCCUCUUGCAGUGUCCCCGGAGACGUCCGCCCUGCGCGGAACGAGCUCGCCAGCUAUUCGGCUGUUGAGGCACGAGAAAACCUUGGGCCUCAUCGCUGCCAAAAAAACUGGUGGUGAUGCCGCGCAGGGCGAUGUUAUUGUAUUCUUCGAUUGCCAUGUGAAGCCAAGAGAUGGCUGGGAGGAUGCGUUCUUGAAGCAGAUGCAUCGCGCAGGAGAUCAUCGAACUCUUGUGGUGCCAACGAUCACAGCACUGGAUCCCGACACGUGGGAAGAGAAUGCCGGGUCGUCCAGCCAAGCAUGCUACAUGACCUGGAACGCCGACUUCACUUGGCUGCUGAACCCAGGGCGGGAUGUGCCAGUCAUGAGUGGAGGACUGCUGGCAAUAAGCAAGCGCUGGUGGGAGGAAACUGGUGGUUAUGAUGAUCAUAUGAUUGCGUGGGGAGGUGAGAACAUAGAUCAGUCACUGCGCAGCUGGCUCUGUGGAGGCCGCAUUGAGGUGGCAGAAGGGGCCUUCGUGGCACACAUGUGGCGUGACCCGAACAACCCCAAGACACAGCUGAAGUACACCAUGCGGACAGAAGAUGUCAUGCGAAACAAGGCUCGCGCAGUUUCGGGCUGGCUUGGCCCUUAUGUUAACAAGACCUUCACAUUUCCAGAGUACGAAGCUUUUUUCAAUGGUGAAAACAGCAUCGGUGAUUUAAGCAACUUCGAGCAGUUGCGGCAGAAGCUCAAAUGCGCCCCGUUCUCUGCCUACCUACACCGCUUCUCAUACAUCUACGUGGAUGGCGGGCUGAUUCCGGAAAAAGUUUUCCAAAUCCAGGAGGUGUCUUCUGGCUUGUGUUUGGAGAGAGACGUCAAGGAAGGCAGAAGUCAUGGCAUCGUUCUGAGCCCUUGUGUGGACGUGGACGGGAACAAGGGAGUCCUGGACAUCCAGCUCUGGCACCCGGGCAACCGAGAUCGGACGAGAGAGGGCGGGCCAUGUUGCAGCGGCCUUCUGAACUGGAACUUCUUGCAGUGUUUGUCUUCGCAUGGUACGCACAGUGAGCUUUUCACUGAAGAGUGCGUGAUCUCUGGUCACAGCUUGCAUCAGGAGUUCCAUCUGCCGGAGGAUGGCGAAGGGCGCUUGACCUGGCAUGGCGAGACCUGUGCAAUGCCUCAGGUGAAGAGCCAGGAGCAGACGCCGGAAGAGCUCGCACUUCAAGCCUGUGCAGUGAAGGUGCACACGCUAGUGACCGGCUUCCAGCUACGGGUCGAUCACGGCGAAAAUGGGCAUAUGUGCCUCACUGCAAAGAUGGCCGCAACGAGCACUGAGUGGCGCCUAGAGCUGGCUCCUUGCUCUGAUGGCAACACUUUGCAGGUCUUCGAGUCGCACAGCCUGCCUGAUGAGAGUGUGAGGGUCAAGCUGCUGCAUGUAGAUGUGUGCUUGGAUUCCUCUAGUGGGAAGGAGCUGGUCCCAUAUCCGUGCUACGCAGACGAUCAAGAAAACCCCAACCAAGCCUGGAAAGUCCAAAGGUCACGCUUGACCUGGGAAGAUGCUACCCAAAAUGUUUGCGUGGAUGCGUUCGGCAGUCCUGGUAGCUUGCGGCUUCGCAAGCUGCCCUCGCACCCAGUCUGGACUCUUGCACCGUGUGUCAGCAAAAUUGGACAACUCUUGCAGAAGCAGGAGGUGAAACCUGAUGGGACUUUCUUGCUCAAAGAUGUGGAUGCUGGCAAGUGCCUGGCUGCGCGAAAAGUGCCAUCUUUGGAGACUCCGCUGGUGCUGGCGCCUUGUAAUGAUCAACAGCGUUUUCGCGAGCUCCGUGACCGCAAUCAGGUUCAACAUGUUUCCACAGGGUACUGCCUCGAUGCCGGCAACGACGCGCCAAUUCUGUACCCAUGCCACGAGCCGAAGGCGCUGCGCAAACAACGUUUCGAGGUGAAGGACAGCCCCGGAUGGCUUCAGCUGAUGCGGGGUUGGGAGGACAAUGGCCGCAAGCGCUUCUUCGAACGCUGCCUGGAGCGUCAGCCACAGCCACCGACGAGGGUCUUGCUGCACAAGUGCUCGGAGGUUGACGCCCAGGGGGUCAAGUGGCGGCGCAUCAACUCUCGAGACACGCCCGAGUGGCAACUCUGGCGCAAUGCACCAGUCCCAACGCAGCCGCUGGGGGGAACCAUGGCCAACCAGCCAUCCAUGCUUGCGACGGAGGCCAACGACUUCGAUGGAGAGACUGCGCGUCUCGUCAGCCCAGCCCCGGAGUGGAAAACAAGAGCGCGCUACAUGGCGACGUUUGGACACCUGCCGCCUAUGCUGCAGGCUGAGCUCAUAGCAACAGUUAAUUCCAGGAUUCGUCGGCACAGCGACGGCUCGGGCAAGCUUCCAGCGGAUGCUGCGAACGUCUGGCGUGACAUCGAGCUUUGGGAACCUUACCCUGUAGACCUGAAGGCUCUACACCAUCAGGCUGCAGUCUUGAAGGCUGGUGUCAUGGCACAGUGCGCGGCAUGCCGGCUCUAUGGCAUGUGCCUGAUCCAACAAAUGGUGUUUGCUUCAUUCAGCUCUGCUGGGGCCUGGGAGUCUGCUGGAAAUUACUCGGAAAUCAUGAGUGCGGACACCAACAAGCUGCAGAGCUGGUGUCGCAAGCCCUGGCUCAAGGACCUCGUCGCACUUGCCAGGAGCCACCGCAGUGCCCGUGUCGUCGCUGCGAGUGCUGGCCUGGCCGACACACGCACGCAGGAGGAAAAAAUGCGAAGUGAGCUCUACGUGUCUGAGAAUGGCAACCAAAGGGCCCAGUCUUUCGACCUCGCCACAUGCUGCACCACAGCAUCGCAGGCUGUGGGCGACAUCUUGCUCGGUUGUGAACCACAGGACCUUACGUGCUUCUUGGGCAGCUAUGCAGUAGAUCGCCUCAGAGCUCCGAUGCGAAUCGCCGCUUCGAGUGACGCACUCUUCAUUGCGGACACCGAAAACCAUCGUGUGCUGAAGAUCGGCAUUGCUGGGAGCAACUCCUCAGUCGAGGUGGUUGCUGGCACAGCAGGCAUUGCUGGGUGCCGUCCCGAGCAACUCCGACUACCACAAGCUGUUGCUGUAGACAGUGACGGGUUCCUGUUUGUGGCUGACACAGGCAAUCAUCGUAUCCAAAAAUUUGCCGUGGCGUUAGGUGAUCGGAUUGGUCUUACAGUCGCUGGUGAGUCGGAAGCUCGUUGUGACAUGAGGCUCUCAAGGGGCGUGGUGAGUGAUCUUUGA